GCGUAUGUCGCCAACUUUGCGGCGUGAAAGACUGGAUGGACCGACAGUUGUGGAGGGUUGUCGAUCACAAAGGAUGGGCCGUAGGGCUCGUCGCCUGCGGCUGAAAGGACGAUCCAUGGUCCAAACCAUUUGGGGAGUAGUUUGCGCGAAACAUCCUGUUCGAGCGUAAACUCUUCCGCGGAGACCCAAACCAGAUCACUGGCGCGGGUGGGACAUGGCACGCUACACCUGUUGGCUUGCUGUUGUAUGCGGACUUGAGCCUUUUGCAUGUUCGCGCGGGCUUGAGCCAGCAAUUCCCUGUACUUCUGGACGGAAGCGAGAGAGCAAGCGGAGUCUAUGUUCGUGGAAGGAGAAGAUCAGUGAAGAUACGACCUUUCCGACCACCGUGGUGCAACUCGAAUGGAGUCACGCCGAUCGCCGAAUGCAACGAAGUGUUGUAGGCGAGCUCGAUGUCCGGGAGGUGGUCAACCCAAUCCUUCUGAUCCGGACGGAUGAGUGUACGAAGCAUCAUUUGAGCGGUUUGAUGUGCCCGCUCCGUGUGCCCGUCCGUUUGUGGAUGCCGAGUCGAACUUGGUUUCAUCUUGAUGUUGGAUUCCUGCAUGAGACAAGUCCAGAAUGCCGACAUGAAACAAGUGUCGCGGUCGCUAACAAUGUCUUCCGGUACGCCGUGGCUGCAAAUCCAGCCGAUGUGCAAAAGGCGCGCAAGUUCGGGAGUCGUGGCGUAGUACUUGCAAGGGAGAAAUCGCGCAUAUUUACUCAAUCGGUCAACGACCGUGAGGAUGCCGUCGUGCCCGAAGUGGUCGCGGGGAAACGGGCCGGUGACGUCCAUGGCAAUGGAAAGGCCUGGUUCCCGUGGGAUAGGCACCGAGCGCAACUCGCCGUAGGGAUUGCGGUUGCAGGGCUUGCUUUGUCGACAAACUUCGCAAGAGUCCCAAUACCUCGUGACAUCGGUAAUGAGAUCGGGUCGCCAAAAUCGUUGCCGAAGUCGUGCGAGAGUCCGAUUGACUCCAAAAUGGCCAGCGAGUCCCGAAUCGUGGUACUCGCCGAGAAGGCGAGUCCGAAGACGACGGUCUCGUGGGACACACAAUAAGUCCUUGCCUCGCGAGUGGAGGAGCAAGUACCCGUCGACGAUGCAAUAGUGGCUAGCCAGCGGGUGAUCCGAAGA